AUGAUAACAGUGGAAUUAGCACAACUUUUAGAUCGAGCAACCGCAAAUUCGGAAGAUCCCUUCCAGCUUCCACUGGCUGUUAGCCCCUGGCCAGUCACUCUCAUAGUGACUGGCUAUCUGCUCUUUGUGCUCAAGCUGGGGCGCCUUUUCAUGGCCAACCGAGCACCCUACGAUCUUCGAACCGUACUCAGGGUCUACAAUUUGUUGCAAAUCGUGUACAAUGGCACUCUGUUCAUGCUGGCUAUAUACGUUAUCUUUGUGGUAAGACCCUAUGACCUGAAUUGUAUAACGGUGCUGCCACAGGACAGUCCCUUUAAGACAGUGGAGCGCGUCUUGUCCUAUGCGUACUACAUCAACAAGUACUUCGAUUUGCUGGACACCAUUUUCAUAGUGUUGCGAAAGAGCUAUAAACAGAUCUCGACUCUGCAUCUGCUGCAUCAUAUGUAUAUGCCCAUCACGGGCUACUGUGUGAUUCGGUUCAGCGGCUAUGGUGGCCACCUCAUAGUCGCGGGUGUACUGAAUCUCUUCGUGCACGUUGUGAUGUAUAGUUACUAUUACAUCUCAUCACAGAUACCGCCUGCAAGGAGGAGAUUCUGGUGGAAGGAGUAUAUAACCUUAUUGCAGAUGCUUCAGUUCGUGAUUGUAUUUGCGCACACCAUUUGGACCCAAAUGCAGCCAAAAUGUGAGGUACCUAAGGAACUUACCUAUAUGUCACUUUUCGCGGCGACUGCCCUGUUUUUGAUGUUUGCCAACUUCUACACACACGCCUACAUACUGGCCAAGACGAAGAAGAAGCAGCUCAAUGACUAGUGGGCUUAGAGCUGGUGUUCGGGCACAGCUAAGCUUAAUUUAAUUUUAACUCGUAGCUUUUCAAUAAACGUAACUG